UUUCCUUGAUUAGUUUUGUAAGGCUUAGUCAGCGAUGGAGUACUCGCCGAAGCUAGCAGUAGUGGUGCUCUUAGCUCUCGCGUCCGCCAUGGCGGUCACGGCCCAGAACUCGGAGCAGGACUUCGUGGACGCCCACAACGCGGCGCGCGCUGACGUGGGCCUUGGGGAGGUGACAUGGGACGCUACCGUGGCAGCCUUCGCGCAGGACUACGCGGCUCAGCGCCGCGGCGACUGCCAGCUGGUACAUUCGGGCGGGCAGUACGGGGAGAACCUCUACGGAGGCGGCGGCGGCGGGACCGGAUGGACGGCGAUGGACGCCGUGAAUUCAUGGGUGUCGGAGAAGCAGUACUACGACCACAGCAGCAACAGCUGCUCGGCGCCGGCGGACAAGUCGUGCUUGCACUACACGCAGGUGGUGUGGCGCGACUCGACGGCCAUCGGUUGCGCCCGCGUCGUUUGCGACAGCGGCGACGGUGUGUUCAUCAUCUGCAGCUACAACCCGCCAGGCAACUUCCCCGGGGUGAGCCCGUACUAGGCUAUAUGCAUCAUGCAUGCAUGCAUGCGAGUGUGCAUGUACGUACGGCGUAUUGCAUAAAUAAAAUGAUUAAGCUGUGAUAACUACAGUGUGAUUAGAUGAGAUAUAUAAAUAACCAGCUGGCCGAAUUUGACGUCAUAUAUUGUUUAGACCGGCUGUAUAGUAUAGAUAGGGGUGGGCAUAUAAGCCGAGAACCGAAGACCGGAGCCGAAAAAACCGAGACCGAAGCCGAAAAAACCGAGGACCGAAGGUUCGGUCGUUCGUCCGGUUAGCGAUCGUAAGAAACCGAUAUUACUUCGGUACUUUCGGUCAUUGGACGCUAUUAACCGAAUCUCCCGAAUUAACCGUAUUUUAUUAACUUUCUCGUUUUUUUAUUAAAGCCUAGUCAAUUCAGCCCAACCAUCCACGACUCCACGUUACAGAACUAGUAGUAGACAAUGCUUUUUCC